UAUUGUUUGCACACGGAUUGUUUAUCGCAGCGGUAAAAACAAUGUCCUUCAUCAUAGUACCUAUGGUUAUAUUCUACUUUAUUUGGAUUACAUUCAUUUAUUACCGAAAUCGACGAACAGUGGAUAAAUCCUUAAAAUGUAUAGUAAACUCUUUAUCAAACAGGGGUGCCAUAGCAGCCUCAGACGAUGUUGAUGUUAGAGCACUAAUUGUAACUGCACAUCCAGAUGAUGAAUGUAUGUUUUUCGCACCAACAAUUAUACGACUCGUGGAAUUGAAUGCCACUGUUCGCUUGCUCUGUUUAUCAGCAGGAAAUUACUACAAUCAAGGAACUCAGCGUAAAAAGGAACUGCUCAACAGCUGUGCACUACUGGGGAUACCAGCCUCUCACGUGACCAUACUUGAUCAAAAAGAACUUCCAGAUGACCCCAGUGCAGAAUGGAGAAUCUCCCUGAUCUCCUCCUUGAUCAGGAAGCACGUGAGAUCCCACUCCUCCAACAUGGUUCUGACGUUUGACGGAAGAGGAGUAAGCGGCCAUGCCAACCACACGGCCAUCCACGAGGCGGUCAGUCAUCUUGCUUCCACGGGCCAAGUUACUGACGACUGCUGUCUGCUUAGCCUGGACACUGUGGGCCUCUUCAGGAAGUACCUGUCUUUCCUGGAGCUUCCAGUCAGCUGGCUCUGGCCCUCCGCCCUGUGCUGCGUCACAGGCCCCAGGGGCUAUGCCAAGGCCAAGGGCGAGGCGUAUCAUUCCAGGGAUCACAGUCUUGUGAUUCCGAGGCAAUCUCAAAGAUCCCACGGUCGAGUGUAUGGGCCUAGUAAAGCGGCCAUGUUCUGCCAUGUGACCCAGAUUCUGUGGUUCCGUCACCUCUACAUCUUCUUUUCACGUUACAUGUUCAUCAAUACAUUCCAAAUGCUUCCACGGGGACCAAGGAACCUGAAGAUCUAUUAGGGUUGCUCACACAAACUUCAAUGCACUGAUUGUAGCUUAUACUGUAAAUAGUGUCUGCUUCCUAAUAAUGAAAUGUAUAUAGUUUUGUAAGCCGAAAAUGGAUUCUUGUUGAUAUAUCUGGGGGGAUUUCUAUCUUAAAUACUGAAACUUUGAUUCAACUUGGUAGGGUUUAUAUUUAAGUGAGUUUCAUUUUUCUUUCCUUUGUAAUACAGACUCAAUAAACAAUGCACUUGUUUUGACAGAGGUCAAAGGUUUCUUAUGGUAUAUUUGGAGUUGUUAUUGCUUUUAAUCACAAGGUCUCCUCCAAAGCGCUUGACAUGCCUCUUAUGGUCUUGUGAGCUUGCAUGCUUUCUUCCCAUUUCUCCCCACAAAACUUCUCUACUGUCAUGCUACAAACAGUACCUGGAUCAAGACAGUGAGGCGCGAUGCCUAGGGGCAGAAGAACAUAAAGAAACGUCACAAGUAUUAACCCAAUCAGUAUUAACCGUAAACAAAGCAGGACCAGAAACGUGUCCCAAAAUAGAAGG